GCUCCAUUGCACAUCCCGCUUUACCCCGUCCUUCUUCCGUCCGUUGCUCCUAUCUCUUUCUUUCCUGUUGCUCCCGCGUGCGCGCUGCUCUAACCGCUUCUGCUUGACGUGGAGCACACUGAUAAUCUGCUCUCGUCGUCUCAGCCGCGGUUCCUGACGACGCGUUUAUUUAUGUACAAACUAUCACAUGGGCGGAUCACCGAACGAGCAAACAAGCAUAUCUCGAAAAAAUGAGUAGCUCUGAGGAGGUAUCUUGGAUCUCAUGGUUCUGCGGCUUACGCGGAAACGAGUUCUUCUGUGAAGUAGACGAAGAUUAUAUUCAAGAUAAAUUUAAUUUGACUGGACUAAAUGAACAAGUGCCACAUUAUCGUCAAGCAUUAGACAUGAUUCUUGAUCUUGAACCUGAUGAUGAUCUGGAUGAUAAUCCAAAUCAAUCGGACUUGAUUGAGCAAGCUGCAGAAAUGCUCUAUGGUCUUAUUCAUGCGCGCUAUAUACUUACUAAUCGUGGCAUUGCUCAAAUGAUUGAAAAAUAUCAAGCGGGUGAUUUUGGUCACUGUCCACGAGUUUAUUGCGAGUCCCAGCCGAUGUUACCACUAGGUCUUAGUGAUGUUCCUGGCGAGGCUAUGGUCAAGAGCUAUUGUCCCAAAUGUAUGGAUGUUUACACUCCAAAAAGCUCGAGACAUCAUCACACUGAUGGCGCGUAUUUUGGGACAGGAUUUCCGCACAUGUUAUUCAUGGUCCAUCCAGAAUACAGACCAAAACGUGCAGCAAAUCAAUUUGUACCUAGAUUAUAUGGCUUUAAAAUCCAUCCCCUAGCAUACCAGAUUCAGCAACAAUCUGCAUCAACGUUUAAAGCACCUCUGCGAGCUCUCAACUACAACAAUGGGAAGCGUUAAUUUCAUUUCGGCAUAGUUUAGAAUAACUUCCUUUCUUUAUUCGUAAUUACUUAAUUUGCCCCGAAGAAUAAAGUACUAUUUUUUAUAUCUGUUUUUUCAAAAUAUUUCUACAUAAAUAGAACAUAUUCUACGGAUUCGCUCUUUGCAAUCGUGUUGGUUUGGUCGUUAUUUUAUCGCUUCUUUUUACACGUUUUCGGAUUUUCGUGAUACUGUGUACGAAAAGUCGAAAAAAAAAAAACUUGAUCGAGACUUGCAAAUAGUGUUACCAGCAACAUUUUCAACACAAGUAUUUUCGCGAAGAACUAAUGUAUUCGCAUGAUUUAAAACGUUGAGGGUAAAGAGAAGAAAAUUUAUUGUAAUCAUAAUUGACAUUUAUGAUAAUUGUUAGUUUCUAUAAAUGAAAAAAGGAACACUUCAUUCGUUUUUGUACAAAGUAUUUGCGUAUUUGCUGCCAAGUUCCUAAACAUGCAGGAGCUGACUUCGUGAGAGAGUCGAAAUGGAGAUAAUGUUGGGUUCCCAUUGGUUCUUUUCAAGUAAAAGAUGUAUAAAAGAAUAGUUAAGUUUGUAAUUUAAUUUAAUCGACGAGUGAAUAGUACACGAACUGUGAUAGGAACACUUUGUUAACAUCUCCAACCCAGUUCGGGUCACUGAUAUCUCAAGUACUGUUACAAUGUGGUCUAGUUGGUGACUCGAAACAUUCUUAUAUAUGUGCGUUAUCAUCCGAUAAGGAAUAUCAUAAAAAUUAAGCGUCAAGUUGUACAUGUUAACAUAUAAUGUUUAUAAGUUUAUUCCUAAUAAAAAUUACUAGAAUGUC